GGGGGUUGCUCGCGGACCGCAAGGAUGAGGCGGGCCGGGCUGAGUGAAGGAACAGCUAGUGGCAAUUAUGGCUAUACCAAUAGUGGAUACAGCGUAUACGAGGAAGAAAAUGAAACGUUAACUGAAAGCUUGCGUUCAAAAGUCACUGCCAUAAAAUCACUUUCUAUUGAAAUUGGAACAGAAGUUAAACAGCAAAAUAAAAUGCUAGGUGAAAUGGAUGAUGCUUUUGAUUCAACAGGUGGAUUUCUUGGCGCGACAAUGGGUAGAUUAAAAACUCUUUCAAGAGGAAGCCAAACAAAACUCUUAUGCUACAUGAUGCUCUUUUCGUUGUUCGUCUUUUUUGUAAUUUACUGGAUUAUUAAACUGAGGUGAUGCAGAUUCUUCAUUAUGACAUUAUAAUUAGUGGUACCGGACUUGUAGAAAGGUCUUUCUGAAAAAUGGGAAACUAUU